AUGGUGUGGUCCAGUUUGUCUGGUGUGGUCCAGUCUGGUGUGGUGCAGCCUUUUGUGGUCCAGUAUGGUGUGGUGCAGUAUGGUGUCGUCCAGUAUGGUGUGGUGCAGUAUGGUGUGGUCCAGUAUGGUGUGGUCCAGUCUGGUAUGGUUCAAUUUGGUGUGGUCCAGUAUGGUGUGGUGCAGUAUGGUGUCGUCCAGUAUGGUGUGAUGCAGUAUGGUGUGGUCCAGUAUGGUGUGGUCCAGUCUGGUGUGGUUCAGUCUGGUGUGGUUCAGUCUGGUGUGAUCCAGAGUGGUGUGGUCCAGUAUGGUGAGGUCCAGUAUGGUAAGGUCCAAUAUGGUGAGGUGCAGUAUGGUGAGGUGCAGUAUGGUGUGGUCCAGUAUGGUGUGGUCCAGUCUGGUGUGGUCCAGUAUGGUGUGGUCCACUAUGAUGUGGUGUAG